AUGGCAUCAUCAAACACUUUCAGCGACUUCAAAUUAACCACCGACUUGAAAGCCUACAAGGAUUUACAAGAAUUAUAUGAUAAUGGUGGUAAAGAUUUAAAAAUUGCAAACCAAUUUGUUAAGGAUCCAAAAAGAUUUGAAAAAUAUUCAAAAGAAUUUACAAAUUUUGAUGGUUCUAAAAUCUUGUUUGAUUUCUCAAAGAAUAUCUUUAAUGAUGAAAUUUUUGAAAAAUUGGUUGAAUUGGCAAAAGAAGCUGGUGUGGAAAAAUUAAGAGAUGAAUUAUUUAAAGGUGAACAUAUCAACUUCACUGAAGAUCGUGCAGUUUUCCAUAUUGCUUUAAGAAAUAGAUCAAACAAACCAUUAUACGUUGAUGGUGAAAAUGUUGCUCCAGAAGUUGAUUCUGUUUUACAACAUAUUAAAGAAUUUUCAAACCAAGUUCGUUCCGGUGAAUGGAAAGGUUAUACUGGUAAAAAAAUCACUGAUAUUGUUAAUAUUGGUAUUGGUGGUUCAGAUUUAGGUCCUGUUAUGGUUACUGAAGCAUUGAAACAUUAUUCUUCUCCUGAUUUAAAUGCUUACUUUGUUUCAAACAUUGAUGGUACUCAUAUUGCUGAAACUUUGAAAAGGGUUAAUCCUGAAACUACUUUAUUCUUGAUUGCUUCAAAAACUUUCACCACUGCUGAAACCAUCACUAAUGCCAACUCUGCUAAACAUUGGUUCUUAGAACAUGCUAAAGAUACAGCUCAUAUUGCUAAACAUUUUGUUGCCUUAUCAACUAAUGCUGAAGAAGUUGCUAAAUUUGGUAUUGAUACCAAAAAUAUGUUUGGUUUUGAAAACUGGGUUGGUGGUCGUUAUUCAGUUUGGUCUGCCAUUGGUACUUCUGUUGCCCUAUAUAUCGGUUAUGAAAAUUUUGAAAACUUUUUGAAAGGUGCAGAAGCUGUUGAUAAACACUUCACUGAAACUUCAAUUGAAGAUAACAUCCCAUUAAUUGGUGGGUUAUUGAGUGUUUGGUAUAACAACUUCUUUGAUGCUCAAACUCAUUUAGUUGCACCAUUUGAUCAAUAUUUACAUAGAUUCCCAGCUUAUUUACAACAAUUAUCAAUGGAAUCAAACGGUAAAUCAGUCACAAGAGGUAAUGUCUUCACAAACUACUCCACCGGUUCAAUCUUGUUUGGUGAACCUGCAACUAAUGCCCAACAUUCAUUCUUCCAAUUGGUUCACCAAGGUACUAAAGUUAUCCCAUCUGAUUUCAUCUUGGCUGCUCAAUCUCAUAACCCAAUUGAAGAUAACUUGCAUCAACGUAUGUUGGCUUCAAACUAUUUCGCUCAAGCUGAAGCUUUACUCACUGGUAAGAACGAAGACCAAGUUAAAGCUGAAGGUGCCACUGGUGGUUUAGUCCCACAUAAAGUUUUCACUGGUAAUAGACCAACCACUUCAAUCUUGGCUCAAAAAAUCACUCCAGCUACAUUAGGUGCCUUGAUUGCUUAUUACGAACACUUGACUUUCACUGAAGGUGCUAUUUGGAACAUCAACUCAUUUGACCAAUGGGGUGUUGAGUUAGGUAAAGUUUUAGCUAAAGUUAUUGGUAAAGAAUUGGAUGAUAAAAAACCUGUUGAAACUCAUGAUCCUUCAACUAAAGGUUUGAUCAACAAGUUCAAAGAAUGGUCUAUUUAG